GCUGAUGGUUUGGGCAGCAUAGCUAUAGACACCACCCAGCUUAACAUGUCAGUCACCGACCCAACGGCCUGGGCCACAGCUAUGAAUAACCUGGGCAUGGUUCCAGUAGGACUGGCUGGCCAACAGCUUGUCACAGAUUCAAUCUGCGUGCCAGGCUUUGAUCCAAGCCUUAGCAUGAUGACUGGAAUCACUCCAAUUAACCCAAUGAUACCAGGCAUGGGGUUAGUGCCACCACCACCACCAACAGAUGUGCCUGUAGUCAAAGAAAUAAUCCACUGCAAAAGCUGCACACUCUUCCCUCCCAACCCAAAUCUUCCACCACCUUCAACAAGAGAGAGACCUCCUGGGUGUAAAACAGUGUUUGUUGGAGGAUUACCAGAGAACGCCACGGAGGACAUUAUUCAGGAAGUCUUUGAGCAGUGUGGAGAUAUAACAGCAAUUCGGAAAAGCAAGAAGAAUUUUUGUCACAUUCGUUUUGCAGAGGAGUUCAUGGUUGAUAAAGCCAUUUACCUUUCUGGUUACCGCAUGAGAUUAGGAUCUAGCACAGACAAAAAGGAUUCAGGUCGCCUUCAUGUUGAUUUUGCUCAGGCCAGAGAUGACUUUUAUGAGUGGGAGUGCAAGCAGAGGAUGCUGGCCAGGGAGGAACGGCACCGCCGCAAGCUGGAGGAGGACAGACUGCGCCCCCCCUCCCCCCCGGCCAUCAUGCACUACUCCGAGCACGAGGCUGCUCUGCUGGCUGAGAAACUGAAAGAUGAUAGCAAGUUCUCAGAGGCCAUCACGGUGCUGCUGAGCUGGAUCGAGCGGGGGGAGGUGAACCGGCGCUCCGCAAACCAGUUCUACUCCAUGGUGCAGUCGGCCAACAGCCACGUGCGCCGGCUCAUGAACGAGAAGGCUGCUCACGAGCAGGAGAUGGAGCAGGCCAAGGAGAGCUUCAAAAACGCCUUAACGGGGAUCCUCACUCAAUUUGAGCAGAUUGUCGCCGUUUUCAACGCUUCCACCAGACAAAAAGCUUGGGACCAUUUCUCGAAAGCCCAGCGAAAGAACAUAGACAUUUGGCGAAAGCAUUCUGAGGAGCUCCGAAAUGCUCACAGUGAACAGCUCAUGGGGAUCCGCCGGGAAGAGGAGAUGGAAAUGUCCGAUGAUGACAGUAGUGACAAUCCCAGUAAAAAGCUGAGAGUAGAUGAUUCAGCUCUGGCCGCCCAAGCGUACGCGCUGAAGGAGGAGAACGACAGUCUCCGGUGGCAGCUGGAUGCUUACAGGAACGAGGUGGAGCUCCUCAAGCAGGAGAAAGGACAGCUGUUCCGAGCAGAAGAAAGCCUUACCAAGGACCAGCAGCUGCAGUUCCUGCAGCAGACCAUGCAAGGCAUGCAGCAG